AUGGAGGACCUGAUCAUGACUUAUGAAGACGAGGAUGGGAGUGUUCAAUUGCUACCUGGGUACAUGUUUGAUCCUACUGAUGAGAUUCGUGUGGAUUUUUACUUGAAGAGGAGGGUGGAAAUUUACAAUAAGAUGGUGUUUUGGAUUUCAUUUGUGUUUGCAGAUGGGAAGAUUUUCAAUGAACGCAAGUGCUUCUUCUACAACACUAUGGGACGUGAUCUUGAGAACAUUGACAUAAGAGUUGCUGGGAGUGGCCAGUGGAGAGUAAUGAAAAAAGGAGAAGAUGUGUCUAUCCCUCAAAACAAUCAAGUGAUUGGGAGGAGGAACACCCUGAAUUUUUGGGAAAUGCAAGGAGCAUGUGCUAGGAGGACCAGAUGGGAGAUGCAUGAGUUGUGUCUUACGUCAAUUGCUAACCAAUCUAAGCUGGCAAACUGGGCUAUUUACUGCAUCUUUAAAAAUAAGGAUGCAAAGAAGGCGAAUAAUGCACGAGGUUGUAAUGGCGAAAGCUCUAAUACUAGUAGCGUUGAAGUCAUUGAUUUUAAUGUUGAGAGUGACAGUUUUAAGAACCUUCCCCAAUGA